UGUCUCUAUCUAACACAUGCCAGGAAGGAGCAACUCUCGGCACAAUUGCUAAACCGACAAAUUUAAACUGGCUACAGUUUUCUUGAUUGCGAGAUGUAGGGAGAUUACAAAUGCAGAUGGUUAAUUUGUGGAAUGGUUUUGGAAAUUUGCAACCAUAGUUUUAUUUCUUGGAGGCAUUUUUGUUAAUGCAAAUUUGCAAUUCACGUAUCUACUGUCAAACUUAUUGAGGAACUAGCUGCCUGAGCAUCCUGUCACAAGACCAGUGUGAUCCUGAGCAGUCAAGGCCGUAAGGUGAAGAUAAAGACAACAUGUCGGACUCACUGGUUGUGUGUGAAGUAGACCCCAAGCUUUUGGAGAAGCUGAAGAAGUUCCGCUUCCGCAAAGAGACAGCCAAUGCCGCCAUCAUCAUCAAAGUUGACAGAGAAAACCAACAGAUGGUGCUGGAGGAAGAGCACGAGGAUAUUUCUCCAGAUGAACUGAGGAAUGAACUUCCGGAGAGACAGCCUCGAUUUAUAGUUUAUAGCUAUAAGUAUGUGCAUCAUGACAAGAGGGUGUCUUAUCCAAUGUGCUUGAUUUUCAGCAGCCCCCAAGGAUGUAACCCCCAACAGCAGAUGAUGUAUGCUGGCAGUAAAAAUAGACUGGUGCAACUUGGAGAGCUCACCAAGGUGUUUGAAAUUCGGAACAUCGAUGAACUCACCGAGGAUUGGUUGUGUGAGAAACUGGCAUUCUUUCGUUGAUUACUGGCACAGUCUUUAAAGGUGUUCAUUUCUGAAAAUUUGAUUUUUUGGGUGAAGAUGUAUUAAAUGAAUUUUACAUUUUU